UAUAUACCCACACAGUCUAGAGACGUGGUUCCCACCAGAAUAUUCAGGCUGGUGGGAAAUAAUUCACGUGCACACAAACUGACUCCGUAACAUCCAUUCCAAAGGAGAUCUUUAUUUUGAAUAUAUUGUUUUUUCCCAGAACCAUCUGGCAGACCCCAGAAAUGACCUUGGGACCCCCAGGUUGAGAAUCACUGACUAGAGGAGGUCUAGCCACUCCAUUAUUAUGUGAAUGUUCCAUAGAUGUUUGGGGCCAUGAAGUAAAAGUAGUUUAUUUCAACCAGCUUGUGUUGAUCAAUGUCCUUUAAUGGGAAACUGCCACAUAUUCAUAUUUCAGUGAACCUUUCACUUUUUUGAAUGAAAUCAGAGUGAGAAAAAACUCUUAACGAUCUCCUCUGCACCUGUAUACUGUAGUGAAUUUUCGAUUAUGACAGUUUUGUUUUAUUUCUUCACAUUACGCGGCUUUUAUUGUGAAAUCAUUGCGCGCACUCUUACCGUAAUGCUUCGUGUAUACACGCAACUCAACACGACUUGGGGUUCACUGUGAGCGUGUAGUCUGAGGGAGUCAACUUUUAUGAGGUGAUAAAUUCGAGGUCGCAAACAUCUGAAAAAAGGUACAGAUAUGACUUCGUAAAUCCGACAAAACUUCCACCAAGACUGCGAGGCUGCCAUCAACAGACAGAUAAACCUGGAGCUGUGCGCCUCUUAUGUGUAUCUCUCUAUGGCGUACUAGGGAUGAUAAAUCCCUGCCAACCUUUGCAAAGUUCUUCCGCACACAGUCCACAGAGGAGUGUGAGCACGCAGAGAAGAGGAUGAGUGUCCAGAACAAGAGGGGAGGCCGGAUCUUUCUGCAGCACAUCAGGAAACCCGAUAGAGAUGAGUGGGGGAGCGGCCCGGAGGCGUUGGAGUGUGCCUUGCAGCUGGAGAGAAGUGUAAACCAAUCUCUGCUGGACCUGCAGAAAAUGGCAACGGAACAAAAUAUGUGCGUCUUCAUAGAAACACAAUUUCUGGACGAGCAGGUGCAAUCUAUCAAACAGCUCGCGGAUUGGAUCUCAAAUCUGCGCCGGAUGGGAGCCCCUCAGAGUGGCAUGGCUGAGUACCUCUUUGACAAACACUCCAUGGCUGAAGAGAGCCGUUAGAGUACACUGUGACACUGAUCAUCCUGCUCCCCUCUGCAUGCCAGCCUCCCCUUGUCCCUGAAAUGUACCGCAUAUGUUUGCAAAAGCCAUAGAUAAACUCUGUAAACUGGACAUCUGCGGUCGAACAUCACGUUGCUGUCCAGAUUACAGUGCUUUGUAAGAAUAAGGACUGAACAAACCUCUAAGUCA